AUGUCAACAUUACGCUACUCUUUACCUUUAUUACGCAAAUCUGCUGUUAAGCAAGGUUCUCGUCUAAACUCUAAAGCCUUCAUCUGGGCCACUGCCGCUACUGCUGUUGGUAUUGGUGCCAGUGUUUUAACUAAGGAUAAAUUUGGUGACAACAAUAACAGUAACAACAACAGUAACAACCAGAAUGGUAACAGCAAUGAUCGUUUCUACAAAUGGUUUUUUGGUGCUGCUCCAGUGGUUCAUGUCGCUCAAUAUGAUGGCAAACACACCAAGGAAGAUUACCAAAAAGUUUAUAACGCUAUUGCUUUGAAACUUCGUGAAGAAGAUGAGUAUGACAACUAUAUUGGUUAUGGUCCAAUUCUAGUACGUCUCGCAUGGCAUUCUUCUGGUACAUGGGAUAAAAACGAUAACACCGGUGGUUCCUACGGUGGUACUUACCGUUUCGCUAAGGAAACUAAUGACCCAUCAAACAACGGAUUGCAAAACGCUAAGGCUUUCUUAGAUCCUAUCCAUAAACAGUUCCCAUGGAUCUCCCAUGGUGAUUUGUUCACACUUGGUGGUGUCACCGCCAUCCAGGAACUACAAGGUCCAUACAUCCCAUGGAGACCAGGUAGAGUAGACUUGCCUGAAAACAUGACCCCAGACAACGGUAGACUACCUGACGCUGCCCAAGACGCUAACUAUGUCAGACACUAUUUCGAAAGAUUGAACAUGAAUGAUCGUGAAGUCGUUGCUUUAAUGGGCGCUCAUGCCUUGGGUAAGACCCAUUUAAAGAAUUCUGGGUACGAAGGUCCAUGGGGCGCGGCCUCUAACACUUUCUCAAACGAAUUUUUCGUCAAUCUAUUGAAUGAAGACUGGAAAUUAGAAUCUAAUGACGCAAAUAACAAGCAGUACAACUCUCCAAAGGGUUACAUGAUGCUACCAACUGAUAUGGCCUUAGUUCAAGAUCCAAAAUACAAGGUCAUCGUUGAAGAAUACGCAAGAGAUCAAGACGCUUUCUUUAAAGACUUCUCUACUGUCUUUGUUAAAUUGUUAGAAAAUGGUAUUGACUACAAUAAAAAUAUUCCAACUUUUACCUUUAAAACUCUAGACGAUCAAGAUAUCUGA